AUGGAUCCCACACAGCUGGACGUGGUGUCUCAUGUGUCUCCCGAUAGCCACUACCACCAACACUUCAGCAGCAACAACACCACUUCGGUCAUUUUGGGAUUCGAGGACGAAAUCAACCCCUACACGCCAUUGCAAGCCAGUCUCAUCGGAAUCUCCGCCGGUCUGUUGAGCUUCGUGACCAUUGCUGGUAAUCUGAUGGUGAUGAUCAGCUUCAAACUGGACAAGCAGCUACAAACCAUCUCGAAUUAUUUCCUGUUCUCCUUGGCUGUGGCUGACAUAAUCAUUGGUCUCAUAUCAAUGCCCCUCUUCACCGUGUUCCUGAUUCAGCAGGAGUGGACUUUCGGGGUGAUCGUUUGUGAUACAUGGUUAUCCGUGGAUUACCUGGCCUCCAAUGCCUCUGUUCUCAACCUUCUGGUGAUCAGUUUUGACCGAUAUUUCUCUGUCACACGACCCUUGACGUAUCGAGCCCGACGGACCACGAAGAAGGCCGCACUUAUGAUCUUCUCGGCUUGGGCCGUCUCGGCCAUUGUUUGGCCACCUUGGAUCUUUGCCUGGCCCUACAUCGAGGGUAACCGGACUGUGCCCAGGAAUGAUUGCUACAUCCAGUUCAUCUAUUCCAACGAGUACAUGUCCAUUGUAACUGUGAUGAUUGCCUUUUUCGUGCCUGUGUCUGUGAUGAUUGGCCUUUACGUUCGGGUUUGGUGGGAAACGGUGAAGCGCCAACGAGAAUUGGUCCAUCUUCAGGCGGGAAAGAAGGUCAACAGCAAGCGAUCAGACUCCAGUGAUGAAACCGCGGAUGAGGUCCUGUCAAGGAAAGGCAUACGAGGAAACAUCUCGUCGAUAGGUAGCAAUCGGUCCAAGGAGUCUCAGGAAAUCGCUUACGCUCCCAAUUCAUUGCUGAAAACUCGUGCCUCGGCCAACUCGCUUUAUGCCAUUCAUCAGCGGAAGUCUUCUUGUUUGGGAGCAAUUCUGAGGCUCUGCAGCUCUUGUAUUGACUCAGACCGCGGGAUGGGCGGUGAGGAGGCCUCGAGCGAAGGAUACAUGACCCCAAGAAGCAUUGAAACCCCGGUCCAACUCACAUCCAAAUGUCCCUCACUUAAUCUUAUCCGUGACCCGUACGCCACAAGAUUUCCAAUUCUCAGGCCCUCAGCUUCCGUGGAAGAACGUCUGCCUUGCAGGCAAAUUCAGCAAGGAGGAGGAGGAGGCGGCGGAGGAGGCCUUCAUCCGUCUCAAAUCAUGGAGCGGCCGCCUACUUCCGAGGACGUGGGUCGUCCAAAUGAAAAUAUAUACACUAUUUUGAUUCGAUUUCCUCCCGCCAUCAAAAGCCACGAGAAAUUGACUUCUAACCAUGACCAUCACAAUAAUCAUAAUCCUCAACAGCCACACCAACAUCAGAGCCUUCAAUACUUCCCACAACAACAGCCAGCUGUGGUCAAGACUCCAUCCAUUCAGAUUUUGUCGGGUCCAACGGAAGACGAGUCAUUGGGUCUGCAUUCGGCUCACCAUCCAGCUUAUCCGAGAUCGUUGCCAAUGGCUCGAAGAUUCGAUUCCGAUCCCACUCACCCUCACCAUCAGUAUCAUCAACACCCACAACAAGUACCCUCGGGUCAUCGCCAUGCAUCACAUCAUGCUGAGAGGGCAGGAUUUCAUAGUGCGUCGGGAAGUAUCAGUCGUUCCAGGACGUCCUCAUCGGACGCCCAAAGUCGAGCCAAACAUUACAGACAGAGCUCGCAUGACACAGCACUCAAUAAAUUACCCCCUGAUACCAAAUUGGUUCCCAGACAACUUGUACGAGCCUCCGAGGGGGGUGUAGCGGUGGGGGCCAAUCCAGGAUCACAUUCAUCCUUGCCCUCUGCUUUGGGGAGCUCACGAUCAACCAAGCCCCACCAACCAGUGACCAAGGUAAAGAAGGCCACCAGUGAGAAGAAACAAGACCGGAAGGCGGCCAAGACUCUCAGUGCGAUCUUGUUGGCCUUCAUCGUGACAUGGACUCCCUAUAGUGUGUUGGUGGUCCUGAAUGCCAUCUUGGGCAAGCAACUGGCCGACAAGUAUAUUCCCGACAUACUGUGGCAAUUCUCGUAUUACUUGUGUUACAUUAAUUCCACGGUCAACCCCGUUCUUUAUGCUUUGUGUAACGCGGCUUUCAGACGAACCUAUGUGCGAAUCUUGACAUGUCGUUGGGGAUCAAGAGCUAGACAACCUAUCAAUAGAUACUACUAUGGGUAAACACAUUAGUACAUUAAUCCAAUACCAAUUAUGCACAAACUCAAUGUCAUGUGAUGAAUCUGAAGCCAAGAAAGGUCGUUAGAAAAACAACAAAAAUACCAACAGAAUAUCAAGAACACUUAUCUAAAGUAUAUACGUAUGUACAAGUUGAACUCUAUAUGUGUACCAUUCCCCCGUGUCUCGUCCACCAUUAGCUUACUUUGGCCCCCUCAAGCAUCUUCAUUCAUUCCUGCUCCCGUUGGACUUCAGACCCACCCUUUUUACUCGAGAGCUACGUUGGUUCUGCUUCAAAGGUGAGAAGUGACCAGAAAUGAUGAAGUGAACCAUGGAACUACUACGAAAAUAAGGCCUAAACAACACCAACAACACAUGUCCACAGCCGCCUUCAUUUUGUUCAAUCAGGACAUUUGAAUGAGUAGCUUCCAUUUGGGAAAUUUUCUUCGGACACGUGUCUCCUAAAGGGUACCUGGCAUUUCUCAAGGCCUCUAUGGGCUCUAAAACGAAAUGUAGCAAACUCAUUCGAGUCAUACCUUUGGGAGACAUAUAGUAAAUGUGCGGUUGUCUAGCUUCAUUAAUGUUCGCAUGAAUUUGACCAAGAAAGUAAAGUGGAGAGGAAAGUUGCCGGCAACUUUUCCACGUCCCUUUCAUCUGAAUUCCCAGUGACCGAAAAUUGCCUCCUCGUCGUUCAAAGGCCAAAGAGUAGUAUCAAAGUGGGCGAGUGAGCCUUGUUCAAAUUAUCUGUAAAUGUGAGUGUAUGACCCACCCAUGUUAGUUUUGUCGUUUUAAUGAGGUGCAUAUCGACGCCGAAUAUUAUUGUAUAAAACAAAAAAAAGAACAAGCACCACACAAACAUCUCUCGUAUCAGGAAUGGAAUAAAGAUAUGAUCCAACCAUGA